CUGUCAUCUCCCAUUUCCUCCUACACAGUAAGCACUAGACGUUCGCCGUUAGACAGGUGGAACUCUACCUUUUCACGUGCACUGGUGACAACGUCAACUGUCAACAUCAGAAUCCAACCGCGACGAUGCCGGCUCGCACAGCUCUUGUCACGGGCGGCAGCGGCUACAUCGGCCUGCAUGUCGUCAACAGCCUGCUUGAGGCUGGAUGGACCGUCCAUGCCACGGUACGCAACCUGCAAAACGGGACCAAGGCCCAGCCCCUGAAAUCCCUCGCCGACAAGCACCCAGGCAAACUGCGGCUCUUUGCGGCAGAUCUGCUUGUCGCCGACUCUUUCACCGAGGCAAUGCAAGGCUGCUCCACUGUCAUUCACGUCGCCUCGCCCUUUUUGGUGCCGGACAGAGUAAAGAACCCGGACACUGACCUCAUCCAACCGGCGCUUGAGGGCACCCGCAAUGUCCUCGAGUCUGUGAACAAGACUGAGAGCGUGAAGAGGGUCGUUCUGACUUCAUCAGUCGGUGCCAUGUACGGGGACGCGGCCGAUGUGCUGCAGUAUGAAAACGCAACGUUGCAUGAGGGCUGCUGGAACACAACGAGCAGCAUCUCACACAACGCGUACCAGUAUUCCAAGACACUGGCAGAGAAAGAAGCUUGGAAGAUAGCUGAAUCCCAAGACCGCUGGGAUCUGGUAGUCAUCUGCCCGGGUCUGGUCUUGGGGCCGUCGCUAUCCCCUGCUUCAGACUCGGGCAGUCUUGCGCUCAUAGACCAGCUGCUCAGUGGGUUGCUGAUGGUAGGUGUGCCCGCUCUGUCGUGGGCAGUGGUGGACGUGCGGGAUGUAGCGGCAGCUCAUGUCAGAGCCGCCGAGGUGCCGGAGGCCAAGGGGAGAUACAUCGUUGCCGAGAGCAAGACGACGUCGUGUCUGGAUUUGUCAAAGUCUUUCAAACGGCUUCACAGCAAGCCGCUGGUUCUGCCCACCUGGACUUUGCCGGCGCUGGUGUUUCGCCUUUUCGCGCCUUUUGCUGGCGUGUCGCAGAUGUGGGUAACGAGAAAUUGGGGGAUCGACUUCUCGCUGGAUAAUUCGCGUGGUACCAAGGAGUUUGGGAUCAAGUACAGGCCGGUCGAGGAAAUGCUGCGUGACCAUUACGAGGCCUGGGUGGCUCAACACUAGGGGGUAGCCGAUUCUCAGGGGUGGGGGAGAGAAGAAGGUGUGGACAUAAUAGAAGGGAAGCGGGGAUCAUCACCAACAGGAUAUCAGUUCUGUACUCUAAGCCUGAGUAAUUGCAGCUAUUUCAGGAUAUAAUAGACAUCUACUAGUACCCACC